AUGAGUGGUUGUGCGAAAAAGGUAAAUUUUGUGAAUUAUCUGACUAGAUCUCCACUACCAUCAGUUGAGGAGUGUUACUGUGAGGAGGAUGCGUACUUGGUGAAUGAUCAGACGGGGGGUGUUCGAACCAACGCCCAAGGUUCCAACUCGAAUAAUUGGCGCCAAGGUAAAGGAAACCAAGGUUGGAACUAUCGAAGAUACAACCGUGAGGGGAAAUACAACCAUGAAGGUAACUAUGUCCGAGAUGGGAACUACAAUCACGACAACAAUUACAACCAGAACAAUUAUGGCAACAUGAAUGAUAAGGUUGGUCCCUAUGUCCCUCCUGGUAAUAGAGACAAUGUCACCACUCACGGAGGAAAGCAAACCAUUGAUCCCCUUAUGCCGUCUGAGGUUGAAAAUGUGUUAGAGAAGGAUGAAGAUGAGAUUGAGGUUACUGAAGUCGCAAAAGAUAGUGCUAAAAAGGAAGUUGAGCAAUUGUCCAUCAAUGUCCCAUUGAUAGAAGCUUUAGAACAAAUGCCUGGGUACGGUAAACUCAUGAAGGACUUGGUGACCAAAAAGAGGGUUGUCAAUUUCGAGAAUGAUGAGAGGUUGCAACAUUGCAAUGCUAUUGCUACUAGGUCAUUUGUGCAAAAUAAAAAGGAUCCUGGAGUGUUCAAUAUUCCUUGUAUCACUGGGAUGUUACACUUUGCAAAAGCUUUGUGUGAUUUGGGUGCCAACAUUAACUUGAUGCCGUUGUCCAUUUAUAAAAAGUUGGGUUUAAGAGCUCCAAAACCGACUGCGAUGUAUCUACUUAUGGCCGAUAGAAUUGUGAAGAAGACCAUUGGUGUUCUCCAAGAUGUCCUUGUGAAAAUGGAGUCGUUCAUUUUUCCGGCGGAUUUUUUGAUACUUUAUUGUGAGGUCGAGUUUAAGGUUCCUAUCAUCUUAGGGAGAGCAUUCCUUGCCACUGGAAGUGCCUUGAUCGAUAUGGAACGAGGGCAUAUGAAGUUCUUACUGAAUAAUGAUGAGGUAACUUUUAAUAUAUGUUGGUCUAUGAAGCAGGAACGUGAUCUUAAGUCGAUAUCGGUGGUGAAUUACAUUGCGGAAUGA